AUGCUGCGUUCACGGGAUGACCAAUUGGAACGAGCUGAUCGGCACAUUAGAGAGUUAGCUGAGAAGUUGAGAGAAUUGCAAGACGAGAGACAACAACUCGAAUCAAAUUGGAAUCAAGUCGAAGAACGUUACGAAAGAGAACUUCAAGCAGCUCAGAAGAAGAUUCAUCAAAUUCGCGAUAGAGCCGACCAUUUAGAAGAAACGUGUGCUAUUCUACGGGUGAGC